ACUCCCGUCUGGCAGUUAUCAAAGUAAACUGGAAUUAUUGAUGUUGUUGAUAAUGUAACAACAUGCGUGACUGUGUGAUUCUCUUUCACAGAUAACUAAAACUAUGUUGAAAAUCUUAAGUAAUUCAUAAUUUAUUUAGUUUAGCCAAAGGGAGGAUAUUUUUUAGAAAUUUUUAAAAGUGAAUUGUUGUGUGAAAUGUGUGCCAUGAAAGUUGACAUAGCGUGGUCUCCAACUGAAUGCAACAGAUUUAUUACUGUUGGAACAGAUAUUCAGCUGUAUGAAGUAGAAGAUAUAAAGGAUGGGAUUAUUAAACCACCAGCAUUUGCAAUAUCAGAUUCUUCUUGUGCAAAUUUGAUAUCUUGUAGUUCAGAUCAUCAGUAUCUAAAAUGUUUUUCUUGGUAUCCAAAACAAGAACACCCUCUUUUAUUAGCUGUAGGAAUGGCCAAUGGACGAGUUGUGUUAGAAAGUUUGGAUCCUAUUAGUUCAAGAGAUGCUGAAAUAGUUGGGAGAGAAUUUAUACCAAAGCAAAGUAGAUCUUGCAACUGUGUUUCUUGGAAUCCAUUUGAAGCAAAUGUGCUCAUUUCGGGAUUGGAUAAGCAUCGAGGGGAUAAUUGCAUUCUAGUUUGGGAUGUCACCCGAUCAUCUUAUCUGCCAAGUGCCAUUGAUGCUGUAACUAGUUUUGAUCGACGUUCCAUGUUUUCUUUAGACUCAACAAGUGUGUCAAAGCCAGUCUUAGAGUUUGGCCCAUCCGAGUCCACACAGUCUGUUCAUUGGUUUCGCAAUAAUCCAAAGUUAUUUGUAUGUGGUAUGAGUUUAAAAUAUCUUCGGUUGUAUGAUACUAGAGAUGGAUCUAAGCAUCAAGAAAGUACUACGUCUAAAGCAGUUUAUAAUUUAUGUGUGGAUCCAGAUGUGGAACAUAGGCUGGCUUCAUCUGUUGAUAACUGCUUUGUUUUAUGGGAUGUCCGAAAUUUUGAAAAACCUGUUGUUACAAUCAAUGAGCCAAAACCUGUUACAAAAUUAUGUUGGUCACCUACACGAUCUGGUCUACUAGCUGUAUUAUGUAAAGAUGCCUCAACCAUUAACUUAUAUGAUAUACAGUCUCCAGCUGGAGAUGAAGUAGAACCUGCUGUUGUUGAAAGAAAUCUGCAACCUUUUACUUCUCAUUCAAUUAUGUCAUUUGCCUGGCAUCCUUCCAAUGAAAACAGAAUGCUUACUAUUUCACAAAAUAAUCAGUUGCUAGACUACACCAUAUUUGAUAGAAUCACCCUGAACUGGUCUCCUACAUCUGAAAUCGUGUGGACUUAUGGUAGAAAGAUUUUGCAAUGUGUUGAUAGCAGAGAUGAAUUUUAUUCUUGUUUGAAUGACAUUUCUGUGAAAAUGAGAAAAAGAGCUUGCCAAGGAUAUGGAUUAAAGAUGCCAAAAAUCUGGAUGAAUGCUGAAUUAGCUGAUGAUCCGAACUUAAAUGGUGUUUGGAUGUGGUUAGAUUUAGUCAAAGGUGUCGAAGCAGACACCAAAAAACGUUCUCAUCAUCGCCACCAUCCUAAAUAUGAAGGUGUUCAUUCUGUCAUUUGUGGUGAAAAUGGUUCUGUAACUUCCAGUCAGAGUGAACCCCAACGAGUUUUUUGGGCUGGCCUCAACACUGUAGAUUGCAAAAUAAUUAAAUAUAUUAGUGAAGAAAGAGAACGAGCUUUACAAUUAUGUGGAUGGGGUGCUGAUUUAGAAUCAAAUUCAUUCUCCAAAUUUCUUGAUAGAUUAGAAAUUGAUGGACAAUUUUCAAGAGCAGCCACAAUAGCAGUUUUUAAUCUAGAAAUGAGAAAAGCCAUAAGAAUCCUUAGUAAAGGAGCUUCAUCUAGGAACUAUAGAGGAUCUGUUGAUCUAAAUGCUGUAGCUAUGGGACUUGCAGGCUAUACACAAGAAAAGACAGCCUUAUGGAGAGAAGUCAGCAGCUCUUUAAAGUCAAAUUUGGUGGAUCCUUAUCUACGUGCCAUGUUUGCUUACUUGACUGCUGAAGAUGAUAAUUUUGAAGAGAUAUUGAAUGAACAACAGAUUGCAGUUCAAGAUCGUAUGGCUUUUGCAUGUCUAUAUCUAAAUGACAGAAAGCUUGUAGAUUUCUUAGAAGGUUUAAGAAAAAAGAUGACUGAAACCGGAAAUUUGGAUGGCAUUUUGUUAACUGGAUUAACCAAUGAUGGCUUAUCAUUAAUUGAAAGAUAUGUGGAUACUACUGGAGAUGUCCAAACAGCGAGCUUAAUUGUGUUACAUACUCUUCCCAGUCAAGUAUGUAAAGAUCCUCGUGCUAAAGCUUGGGUAGCUAGUUACAGAGACCUUCUAGAUACUUGGAUGCUAUGGAAACAGCGAGCAAUGUUUGAUGUCAACUGGUACAAUAAAAAUACUCUUGUGCAUAAACCAUCCCAACAAGUUUUUGUAAGCUGUAAUUUUUGUCGCAAGUCUGUUUCAAAUUAUUUCUCGUACCGGCCAUCUGAUGGAACAAGAAAUGCCCAAACCCCUAUAUCUGCAAAUAGGAAAAUAACCUGCUGUCCAGGCUGCCGUAAGCCUCUGCCUCGUUGUUCCUUGUGCUUGUGCCAUAUGGGUACACCUGCUGGUUUACACUGGCAACGUCAGAUAGAUACCGGAUCAGAUAGAAAGAAACUAUCAAAUUUUUCAGAUUGGCUGACAUGGUGCCAAACAUGUCGACAUGGUGGUCAUUCUGUUCAUAUCUUAGAAUGGUUUAAGAAUCAUAAUGAAUGUCCAGUAACAGGAUGCAUGUGUAAAUGUAUGUCACUAGAUGCAACAGCAAAACUAGAAUCUGAAAAAAGCAGUUGAAAUUUAAUUUUUUUAUAGGAAAGUACAAAAUUUUUACAAAAUAUUUUGU